AUGGCUAAUGCACUUAUUUCUUCCACAAUAGAGGUAGCAUUGGAGAUGACACUUUCCCUUGCCAAUGAAAGAAUUGGCAAGUUAUUCCAAUUGGAGGAGGAUUUGGAGACCCUGAGAGAAUCUGUUGCCAUGAUCCAAGCUGUCUUGGCUGAUGCUGAAAAAAAGCAAACGUGUGACCAGGCCGUGCAACUGUGGCUUCGGAGGCUGGAAGGCGUGGCGUUUGAUGCUGAGAAUUUGUUGGACGAGCUCAAUUAUGAAGUUCUUCGUUGCCAACUCGUGGGCAAGGUACGCUGUCCUCUGACAUUAAUAUUGUUUUCCAAUGGAGAAUGGCCUCUAAGAUCAGGGACAUCAACAAGAAGUUGA